AUGAGAAGGCUUCCAUUACUAAAACUUCCAGAACUCAACGAAUGGAACACGACGUUCAGACCCAAGGGCUCAUUACUUUCUCCUCGAGCAACGCUUGCCAAUGUCAAAACUGCACAAAUGGCCCUGAAAAAGUUAAAAAUUGCAAAUCCACGAGAUGUUACAGCUGUGGAGCUAUAUCCUGGACUUGGUGCGUGGACAAGUGGCAUGGUCCAGGCUGGAUUCAAGCGUAUCAUUACUGUUGAGAACAAUGCCAAAUACGCAAAGUGGAUGUCUGAUAUGGCAAAAGAGUCAAAAGGCGUGAUCGAAUUGUUGAAGAAGGAUGGUUACGACUGGGAUACUUACCUCGAACUCAAAAAACCAAAUUAUAUUGGCGAUAUAGCUGAUACUGAUUGGAGUCGAGUUCAUCCACAUUUAUUCUUCACCGGCACGUUGCCAAGAUCAUCAAGGGGUGAACAGCUAUUAGCCCAGUUUGCUUCGUGUAUCAGUAAUCGGAUGGCAAUGCAUUCUAACGGUCGUAUCCAGAUGGCCAUGUGGAUGCCAGAGCAAUUGUAUCAGAAAUUUACAGCACCACCAGGGUCAAUGGCGCGUUGCAAGAUGAGCAUCGUUAUCGAAGCCUGUGCAAGUGUGGAAUGUGUGUAUGUCACUGAGCCAAGUGGAAUGUUCCCAAAUAUGCCAUACUAUCUUGUUAAUGUUUUGCCUAACGAGAAGCGACGGAUUACUGCACAAUGGGAUGUGUUUGAAUAUGUAUUGAAGCAUUUGUUUGUCAUGCAACGUCAACCGCUGGCCAAGAUGAUAAAGUAA